GGCAGGCAUGCUAAAGCUGUUUUCAUGUCGGUCCGAUAGCUCUGCCACGAUCGAAUCCGACAAGGAUUAUCUUACCGUUGACUUCAGCAAGCAUCGACCGACAUAUACAGUCAGGUACCUUGGCUGCGAAGAGCUCUACAAACCAGGAUUACAACAAAUGUGCGAAACGGUCAACGACAUUUACGUAUCACAAAAAUCCCGAUUAAGAAAGCUGAAUCAUUGCUUUCUAACUGUAACAAGUGAUGCUGUCAUUCUUCGCGAACAAGACAGCACCGAGGACGAUGGCCGCACAUUCCACUUGCGUCGGAUUUUAUACUGCGGAGUUUACAGUCGGGUUCAACGACUAUUCUUCUUUAAUUAUCAAAGCGGUGCCAAAGGAGACGUGGUAAACUGCCACAUUAUAUUAUGCUCGAGUAAAGAGGAAGCCAAAAGCUUAGCAAAGGUUCUCUCUAAAGCAUUUAAGUUAGCAGCAAUCGAGGCUCACCAUCAGGAUGUGGAGAACCGAAAGCUCCAUGCACGAGGAUUGAGCCAAAGCAGCCUUGCGCAUGAAACCGACGGACGCAAAUAUUAUAACAUGAAAAACUCAGGGGGCAAUUUGAGCGUCAAUAGUGCGGAUUUUCGAAUGAAAGGACUCUCUGCCUCAAGCGACGAGAGGGAUUUUCGCUCUGGUAAGGGUUCAAAUAAUAAAUUCAGUGACUGGGAAAUUACGGAUUCAUCGCGAGAUGAUACUAGUAUGAGUUCUUUCACCGCGGAGAUACGAGAUUUGAUCGAAACUUCGUCAUACACUAAAGAUACUGACUUUGAUGAAGAAACUUCUUCUCUUCUUAAAUCACAAACAGAUGCGACUGACGACACUAUGACUAGUGAUGAACACUGCAGAACACAAGAACCGAGUUUUAUACGAUUCUCAUACAACUUCGAAAUCGAUAACUGGAGUAAAAUCAUAGAUUUAGAUUCUACGGACGUUUGAUGUAUGUAGACAAGUCGAUAUUCUAGAGGAUAUACUGUUAGGUUUGUUUUGAUUUGAUACGAGAAUAAGGUAAUUGAUGCCAAAUAAUAAGAUUGUAAACUUGUAUGAGGAGUAAUGAACGCUGGUCGUUUAUUGACACGAUAACAGUAUUUUACACACGGUUGAAUUCAGCAGUGGAUUAGGCUAAGGCAGCGCUUGGGACGGCGGAAUCUGUCACGGUGAGGGAAUGCGUGCUACGCUACGUACAUCUUUUGGGAUAUUCACGAGAUGAUCUCUAGAGGCUUGGACGUCACUUGAGCACCCUUCUCAAAAUACUUGGGGACAUUUCUGAGAAGGCGUAAUCACAAGUUUAAGGGAAAUUUGCUACUGGAAUCCAGUUGUACACGGUCUCGGCUCUAUUUACGUCCAUAAAACCGCAUAAAACCCAUAAUAAUCACUCCAUGAAAAGAGCUGUUCAUUGGCAAAUUAUCGAAUUUCCUUGUCAUUUGAUGCUUCUACGUUUAGCCUUUCCGACGCAUUGUACAAAAUAUGCCUCAAGCCUCGACUUCUCGGCUACAAAAUACCUAAUAGCUUCGUUCAAGCUCAGGAAAUUGCUCAUAUUUGUGGUAAAUAUUCAAGCUAUUUAUCAACGAAAAAUAUUCUCGAAGCAUCUUCUCAUCGAAGGGUUAUUUUUUUGUUCCUUCACGGGCAAGACUUCCGAUAAGUUGAUGCUGGGAUCUAGGGCAUUCCAACUGUUUAUUCAUCGGACUCCCAAGUAACUCAAAGAUGUUGAUCUAUGAAACAAAUUCUCGUCGAGUCGAGAGGAGGAAUUAGUGAAAACAGUAGCGGAAGCCAGGGGUCGAAAGGUGAUGUAUUUGGCUCGUGAGCGACCCUUCACGACAAACGAACAAACCACUCCACGAAUGCGACCUUCAGUUGGUAGAAAUUUAUCAUCUAAUUCGUAGCCUCUUAUCAGCGAUUGUCUUGAAAGUGGAGUAUGCUAAUCAGACAAUGUUUACACUGUAAACAAUGGCUAUUAUAAGAGCUUAAUUCUAUUAUUCUGGAGUGUCGCGGGCGUACAUUGACGUCACGGUGCUUCAGAUAGCUUGUGCCCAAUAAGUAUAGAUUCAUAAAAGAUAACAUAAUACGUUAGUUUACGGUUCUGUCUGUCAUGGAAGGUAUAGCUUGCUAUCUUUUAAAACGCGCCUAAAUUCAACUCCGAUUUCAACCAACUAUUUACCGACUAAAGCGCGGCUAUAUCUUUAUAGAAACGAUCUGAAAAAAAAAAAGAGACGAAUUUAAUAGAAUUAAUGUAAAUACUGAAGAGAAGUCAGUCCUUUUUGUCAUGUCGGAUAAAAAGAUGAAAUAGAUGUCCCAAAAAAUGAAAUUAAAACAUUUGAUAAAUGUUUGAAGCACC